AUGGGCGCUGGCAAAGAGGUUCGUCUGGUGCAUGUGCUGCCUGCAGACGCCGACCUGCGAGAGGCCGAGUUGUCGUUCGAGUUCACCAAGGACGAGCAUGCCCUGACCUUCUUCGCUGCUGCCCGCCGCCACUGGCCCGCCUUGGCCUGGGGGAUGUUCAUGAACCUGGCUACCGUGUUGAAAGGAAUCGACGGCGGUGUUGUCAAAGGCCUCGUAGGGCUCGACGUCUUCAAAGAGACAUACGGCUACUAUCACAACGGCCAGUACAUGCUUGCAGCCCAGUGGCUCUCGGCCUUCAACUAUGCAAACCUGCUGGGAGCUAUUCUCGGCGCCCUGCUGUCUGCUCUGGCCUACGACCGCUUCGGGCCCCGGAUCAUGAUCGCAGUCUGCUCGGUCCUGUCCAUUGGCUUCAUCUUCAUCCAGUUCUUCAGCCACUCGCCAGCCCAGCUCUUCGUCGGCCAGCUCGUCAACGGCUGCAUCAUUGCCUUCUACCCGAUCUGUGCUUCUGCCUACGUCGGCGAGGUCACCCCGCUGGUCCUGCGUGGGUUCGCAGCAACAAUGACCAACCUCGCCUUCUCCAUCGGCUCGCUCAUCGCCUCGGGGAUCCUCAAAGGCACUGAACCCAUCAACACGGUAUAUUCAUAUAAAAUCCCCAUCGCCACCCAGUGGGCCCUCCCAUGUAUCAUGCUCUCCCUCGUCUACUUCGUCCCCGACCCUCCCUACUGGCUCUGCCGCAAAGGCCGCUACACCGACGCCCUAACCUCCCUGCGCCGCCUCGCAACACCCCCCGUCGACGUAACCCACAAGCUGGCACACAUCCGCGAGACCUUACGUCUCGAGGAAAGCUUCCAGGGUGGCCGCCCACACUACCUCGAGUGUUUCCGGGGCCCUAACUUCCGCCGCCUCACCAUCUGCGUCAUGGCAUACAGCAUGCAGGCAUUCACCGGAAACGUCUUCUUCAUUUCCUACGCCGUGCACUUUAUGGAGCUUGCAGGCCUGGAUGCGUCGGACGCAUUCAGUAUGAACCUUGGUCUUACGGCUAUUGGAUUCAUCGGGACUUGUAUCUCCUGGUUCCUCCUCUCUUAUAUCGGCCGGCGCACGAUGUACCUCUUUGGCUGCUGCUCGCUUGCCGUGGCUUUAUUCGCCAUCGGCGCUGUUGAUCUCGCACCGCGUGGGAAUGACUCGACAAGGGUAGCAGCAACCUGGGCCCAAUGCGCGCUGAUGCUGCUCUGUACAUUCAUAUACGACCUCUCGCUUGGACCUUUUUGUUACGUACUUCUGGCGGAAGUAUCCUCUGCGCGCCUGCGUGGAUUCACGAUUGCACUGGCGACCGUUGCGUGCUUCGUCUGGUCUGUUGUCUUUGCGGUUGUGAUCCCGUAUGCGAUGAACGAGGACCAGGGGGACUGGCGGGGGAAAAUGGGAUUCCUGUUCUCGGGGCUGGGUGCGUUGUCGGCGGUUUGGUGCUUCUUUUACUUGCCUGAGACGAGGGGGAGGACGUUUGAGGAGUUGGAUGUGUUGUUUGAGAGGAGGGUGGAGAGUAGGAUGUUUGCCAGGUAUAAGGUUGAUAUCGUGGAUGCGCAGGAGACGGAGAGAGAGACAGACAGACAGGAGAGAGAGGUUUAG